AUGAGUGACGAGCCAGAGUGGCUGGAAGACGAGGCCCUCGGGGGAUUCCGUGUGUGGCACCUCAUCUUCCUCAGCGCCUCCGGAGCCCUAAGUCUCAUCAUUGUGCUCUGUUGCUGCUUUCGUUUUCGCAUCCCCCGCACAAAGCAGGACAUCGAGGCUGACUAUCAGCGACGAAAGAUUGCCCGAAAGUUCCGGGAGCGCCUUGCGUGCAUUCACAACUCCGAAAUGGAUGCCAUGGACUUGCAGAAAGCCGUUGAACGCGUUCGUGCGGAUUUCCUUGCUGACGCCACAUCCGGAAAGGCAAAUAUCUACGACGGGAAGUCCACCAGCAAGAAUGGCGUGAGAGUUUAGUGGGAGAGUCGCCCCUUCAGAGUCCAGCACAUGACGUCACAGUGAUAUCAAAUAAACAUUUUAAUUUUUUUUACCAUUAAUUCCAUUACAUUGUAUCUCGCGCUAGAUUUUUUUUUCAUCUUUUCUUCAUCAUGUUUAAAUGUUAUUCGCAUAAAUUGAUGUAAAAUUUAAUGUUAAUAAUCUGGGAUUUUUUUUGGCAGCUUCGACACAUUUUUCCUUCAUUUUCUUCUUGUUUUUUUCUUGGGUGAAAAUGUCCUUUUUUGUGUCAAUAUUUAUCAUCUUUUUUUUUUUACUUUGUUAAUCAACUUUGUGCAGAUUUUCUUUAUACGGUAUUUUCUUCUUUUUUUUUUAAUAAUAAUUUUCUUUUCUGCUCCAAAUAUAGUUUUUUUUUUUUCAUUAAAAUUUAAUUACAGUAU